ACCGACUCGGCUCGAUAGCACACAACCCAAGAGACACUACCACCACCGAAGCGAUAUACACACUUUCGAUCGAACAUUGUUGCCUUUCUUUCCGAAUUCCUCGAUAUCAUUUGGUAACCGAAAACGAAAAAACCUGCCCAACAUGCCUGCCCCGACCGCCAAGCAGGUAGAGGUUUCUGCCCCGCCAAUCGAGGCGACCUUCCAAGAACCUCAGCAAGACGAGGAGCUCCUCCUCGAUGCGCCCACCCUCCCCGAGGACAUGGACGCGAUCCUGCCCAGCGUGCCGCAGAACGGAGAGGAGGGCGAAAUGGUUGUCGACGAGGAGAACCGCCCGCGCUUUGCGCCCGCCAGAGACAUUGACCCCGUCACCAGAAUAGAGACUCGCAAGGUCCCCGUGCCUCCUCACCGGUUCACCCCGCUCAAGUCUUCUUGGCCCAAGAUCUACCCCCCGCUCGUCGAGCACCUCAAGCUCCAGGUCCGCAUGAACCCGCGCCGGAAACAGGUUGAGCUCCGGACCUCGAAGCACACCACCGAGGACGGCGCCCUGCAAAAGGGCGAGGAUUUCGUCAAGGCAUUCACCCUGGGCUUCGACGUUGACGAUGCUAUUGCGCUGCUGCGUUUGGACGAUCUUUACAUCGAGACUUUUGAGAUUCGCGAUGUCAAGCAGGUUAUGGGUAACGAGGCGCAAGGCCGUGCCAUUGGUCGCAUUGCAGGCAAGGACGGCAAGACAAAGUUCGCCAUCGAAAACGCCAGCAAGACCCGUAUCGUCCUGGCCGACAGCAAGAUCCACAUCCUCGGCGCAUACAAGAACAUCCACAUGGCUCGCGAGUCCAUCGUCAGCUUGAUUCUCGGAAAGCCGCCCUCCAAGGUCUACGGCAACCUGCGGACGGUCGCGGCGCGCAUGAAGGAAAGAUUUUAAAGAAAGAGAAAAGGUUAAACAGCAAAAAUCGAUGGGAAAUCCUCCCUCAGCUUGGACGAAUGUCAAGG